AUGGCCUCCAAGUUCCUGAGAGAGUAUAAACUAGUUGUGGUCGGUGGUGGUGGCGUCGGAAAGUCUUGCCUUACCAUCCAACUUAUCCAGAGCCAUUUCGUCGACGAAUAUGAUCCAACAAUUGAGGAUUCCUACCGCAAGCAGUGUGUCAUUGACGAUGAGGUCGCCCUGCUCGACGUGUUGGAUACUGCCGGCCAGGAGGAGUACUCUGCCAUGCGCGAGCAGUACAUGCGAACGGGUGAAGGAUUCCUCCUAGUCUACUCGAUCACAUCACGGCAGAGCUUCGAGGAAAUCACCACUUUCCAGCAGCAGAUCCUGCGAGUUAAGGACAAGGACUACUUCCCAAUGGUCGUCGUCGGAAACAAGUGCGAUUUGGAGGGCGAGCGCGAGGUUACGAGACAAGAGGGUGAGGCACUUGCGAAAUCUUUUGGCUGCAAGUUCAUUGAAACCUCGGCGAAGUCGCGGAUCAAUGUUGACAAGGCAUUCUACGAUAUCGUCCGGGAAAUCAGGAGGUACAACCGUGAGAUGCAGGGUUACUCGACCGGCAGCGGGACUUCGAACAAUGGCGGCCCGACCAACAAGAUGGAAGUGAGCGACAACGAUGCCGACGCUGGCUGCUGCUCGAAGUGCGUGAUUAUGUGA